AUCGUCAAUUUUGACAUAAAUAUGAGAUAAAGUUCGAUAUGAAAUUAGUUACAAAAAGUUGUCAUUUAUGUUUACGAGAACUGUCAUUUUAACAUUAAACUGGUGUAUAUUGUAAUUUUUAAAUAUUAAAAAUGAAUAGAUUAUUCGGAAAAGGUAAACCAAAAGAGCCAGGUCCAAGUAUCAGCGAUUGUAUCACUGGGGUUGAUACAAGGGCAGAGGGUGUAGAAAAGAAAAUCAAUGCGCUGGAAACAGAUUUACGCAAGUACAGGGACCAAAUGGCGAAAAUGCGUGAAGGUCCGGCCAAAAACGCGAUAAAACAGAAAGCGUUGCGAGUUUUGAAGCAGAAGAAAAUGUACGAGAGUCAACUUGAAAACUUACGCGGGCAAUCGUUUAAUAUGGAACAAGCAAAUUUUGCUCAUCAAACAUUAAAAGAUACACAUGCAACGGUCAUCGCUAUGAAGGAUGGCAUGAAAGCAAUGAAAAAGGAAUUUAAAAAAAUCAACAUUGAUGAUAUUGAUGAUGUCCAAGAUGAAAUGGCUGAUUUAUUAGAUGAAGCAAAUGAAGUCCAAGAAGCUUUAGGACGAACUUAUAACACUCCGGAAGUUGAUGAGGAUGAAUUAGCCGCCGAAUUGGAUGCUUUGGGUGAUGAAAUCGCCCUCGAUGAUGAUGCUAGUUAUUUAGAUGAUGUUUUGAAAGCGCCAGCAGCCCCAGAUACUAAACCAAUAGCUGAGCCGGAAAAGAACAAAGAUGGUAUUCCAGUGGAUGAAUUCGGAUUACCUCAAAUUAAUCAUUAAUAUGCUUAAUUAUGCACUGUACAGAACUUUUUAAAGUUUUUUUUGUUUAAUUAGAUUUAUUAAGCAUUAUAAUAUGAGAAUAUCUGCUGUUUUUAUUUUUUAAAUUGGUAUUAUUAACAAGGAAAUAUAAUUAUCUUCGUCUAUCUUUA